AUGAUGUGGAUGACUCCAGUUGAACAGAGAGGAGCUGAAGAUAUCUUGCAUAGUUCCAAACGUUUGCAUUUCUGCGUUCGUAUGUUUUCAGGGAUGGCUAUUCAUCCUCUGAAGAGUUAACGAGACCCUUUUUUUCUCACAUUUUCUCUGAUAAAAAUUUUAAUAUUUGACAAAAAGAAGAAGACUGAGCUGAGGAAAGAAUAAACUGAGCAAAAAAAAAAAAAAAAAAAAGAACUGCCCAUCCUUUCUCCAAUAGCAGCGCGCGGUAGUUUGGACAUCAGUCGCUCUCAAUUUUCUGGACACAGGGGCCGGGUCUUGACUUGCGCCUGAAAUUUAGGAGAGUAAGCUCGCAAUCAAUUACGAGUCACUAAAGCAAGGAAGUCAAAAACGUUUUACAAUAACAUCGACAGAAUGAGAGUCGAGCCAAUACACGGAAUGAACGGAGGAAUGCCAAGAUUUGACUCGAUUCGCGACUGACUGCAAUAUAAUUUCAUACGUCAGCGAAGUUGCCCGCAAAAAUAUAAUAUCACCCGCUGGUUUAAGUAAGGAUGCACCCGAGUUGCUGAAUUCUCCUAGUUAGAACCAGAAUUUCCAUUCGAGCUUUUGACAAAGGAUGAGAGAACUUCUCGCGGAGAGUAUUUUUUUCUCUUCUUUUAUCACAUUCUUCUUAAAUAUUUGAGUUGGUUUGACUUUGAUUGAAAGAGGGAGCAGGAAAACAAAGUGUACAUAAGGUAGUGUAAGAGACCCGGGUGAAAACAACCAGCCGGAAGUGUCAAGGGCAUGGAAACGAGGGUUUCGACAAAAUUCAACAAACCUACCGGUUUCUGGUUCCUGUUUUAGUUCACGCACAGAUUUUGAAAGAACAGAUAGAGGAAAACAUUAAUUAUUGAUAUUAUCGCACAAGACGCAGAUUUAUCAAUAGUCCGGUCGAACGGGCUAGAUAGAGGCUGAUUUCCGACAACGAAAUGAGCCCAAACUGUGGGUUCAUGCGAGGGAAAGACGCCUCGUGCUUCUCAAUGUAAUGCGGGAAAUUAUCAACGUCCAAGUCGGUCAGUGUGGAAACCAAAUUGGUUACAAGGUGGUUUGAUGUUCUGGCACUAAUUUGCGUGUUGCUACGAAAUUUAAAGGGGCUUUAUUUCUUUUGUCUGUGGUUUAAUUUUACACUUCGUAAUCCUAAAUGUCCGCUCUUGUCGCAGCUUUGGGAAAUCAUUUGCUCUGAACAUGGAAUAGACGAAGAAGGACGCUACAUAGGGAACUGUAAUUCCCAGUUGGAGAAAAUUGAUGUUUAUUUUGCUGAGGGUGCUGGUGAGUAGUGAAUGGUAAUUCUGCUAUCAAAAACUUCAUAUUAAGUUCCCUUAUCGUGGUCAAGUCGAAUUCGUACUGUGAUGCAUGCUGUAAAAGUCUGAAUAGUGCUGUAUUUAAUUUUGAGUCUUUCAUUUUUUCCGGGUAGAAAGUAGAUAUGUACCACGGUCUGUUCUUGUCGACUUGGAGUCAGGUACGAUGGACUCGCUUCGCUCUGCGCCGUUUGGAAAAGUUUUCCGACCCGAUAACUUUGUUUUCGGUAAGUUUGGUUUUCACUUUUACAAUAUGUGAGUAGAUUGUGUAAUUAACGGGAACUUCAUCGAAGAGAUAAAACAUUUUUGAAUCAAUAUUGCCCCUCUUAUUCUUGCGUUAUUAAAAUUUGAGACUUCAUCGACUACUUGAAGGAAUAAGAUCAAAAUUAAAUCACGUAUUUAUAACUUUCCACUAUCUUCAGCUGUUUUGUGCGUUGAAUUGCAGCUAACCUUUCUGUAUUUCAUGCCUUUCUGUGCGUGACCCAGCUGACGCAAGAAACUCAUUCAGAAUUAUCGAACGAAAACUCAGCGUAUUAUGAUAAAACAAAUAUAAUUUAGUUUAUUUUGAGAAAUUUGGUUAUUUUUCACAGUAAACUUCAUUUUAUUCAAUAUUAUACAUACAUUUCUUUCCGAAGUGAGAAUGCAACGAUCAUGUUAGUCUCGUUUAAUUAUUGCUUCCUAACCGGCAUUGUUAUUUUGCUAUCGUUACUAUUCCUAAAACGCCUACAGCCAAAUUUUUUUUCGCAAAUAGGCACAUUUGACAUUUCCUCCUCACUCAAUUUUCUUGAAAAAACUACAUAAACAAAAAGCGUUUAAUAAUCGCUUCAAAUUAGCGGUUUUCUUACAGAACUUGUCUUUGUUCACCUGUCAAAAUCUUCAGAGGAGUACGCUAAUUUGUUUCUCAUCCGCACCACUAGCUUUUUCAGAAAAGACGCAAUUUGCAUUUUGUUUUGCAACGCACGACAUGACAUCACGAGCUCGCGAAGAACAUGCUAGUAUGUAGGGAAAUUUAUUAGACUUCACGACACCUUUUGUUGUACAGACUUUUUGAAAGAAUAUUUAAUAACCUUGGUCAUCCUUUAGAAAACGUCCGAUUUUAAAAGCUUCGUAUCAAUAUUUCUUUUUCUCUAUAGGAUCAACUGCUUUGAGAAAUUUAGUACUUGCCAAAUUUCAACACAAAUCAGCUGUGGCUUAGACGCAUACGGCCAAUUGAACACAGAUAUUAAAUACCCCGGAGUCUUGCCCCAUCAAUAAACUGUUGUUUAAUAACUUAUUAACAAAGAAAAAGAAAAUGCUAAUUGACCCAGCUGAUCCAGAUUUAUUGAACGAUGUCGGCAUAAACCUUAGAGGCUAAAACAGUUGUCUUCUGCUUUUGGCAGCUUAUCUUGCCAAACCAGUUUUUGGAUAUAGAAACAACAGGCACUAGCCAAUCGGCAGAAUAAAAUUUUACACUCGUGUUAACAAAUCAUGCAUGCCUCUCGUUCAAUGCCUUGCGAACCAAGGAAGAAUUCAGUCAUCCUUAUCUUUAAAACUAAUUAUGGUCUCCAUUUGACCCGUGGUUUGAGUAUUACGACCUCUUUCAUUGUGCUGUUUGUACGAUUUCCAGUUUCAAAGCUCUGUUAGAGAAGAUAUAUUUAGAUUGUAUAACAUAACGCCUUUUUUCACAAAUAUAUUCCAAGCCAUUUCGCGUUACAAUUGUGACACUGUUAAACGGGCCCAGUUGAUUAUUUCUGUGCUUCCUUUCGUUAUUACUGUCCUAACAGUAGGCAGGACAUUUUUCAUGAAAGCGUGGUGAAAGUGGGAAUACCCCGUCAAACUAUGUUCACUGUAGCUCAGUGGUAGAGCGUCGGGCCGUGAAAUCCCAAGGUCUACGGCUCGAUUCCUCGUAGGGGGGCUCAGAAUUUUCUGUUUUCCUUUUUUCCCACGCUCGUUACAAAAAUGACAUCAAAAUUAAUCGUAUCUCAAAUGAGAUGAGUAACAAUGUCAGAACACACCUCUCGACUUACUGGAGCCACUAUUCAAUUCUACAUAAUCCACCGUCCUGUUUUGUUUUUUUUUUUUUAGUUUUGUUGUUGUUUUUUUUUUUAGAAGUGCGGAAAGCUUAAGUCUUGUGUAAUAAUCCUUUGGGUUCCUGAUUCCUCUUUCCAAGUUUAUCUUCUUUACGACGACCGGUUUUUCCUUUGCGAUUCUCUUAAAAAUAAAAGCUAUUUCUAUUCGGCUGGGAAAUCAGAUUCAAGUGACAAUGGCGCUUAAGGACCCAUCUUUAUCAUUUGUCACCUCAGGGGAGGAUGAUUUUGGUGUGGGGGGGGGGUCACAUGGUUUUCAGGGGGGAAAUAGGGAGGGAUCAGUCGUCGCCAACAGACUUAACUGCCAACAAGAAGGGGGGGUCAUAAAAUAUCACAGAGCCUUAUGAGGGGAUCAGGAAAAUUUUAUCGUGACACAAUCAAAAUCCUCCGAUUCUCUCCCUCUCCCCCCCCCCCGGCGAUAAAUAAUGACCGAUCCCUUAACCGUUUAACUCCUAUGAGUGACCAAUACAGAAUUUCUCCGUACAACAUCGAUACAAUAUCAACCAGAUAAGAGAUGAGAAUAAAUAAAAAUAUCAAUUAGGGGAUUAUAAGUUGAUGCAAUACCGAAUUCUCCAAACUAACAUCACAAGAACUGUGUGGUAGACAGUAAGGAGAAUUACUAAUGAGAUCUUGGGAGUUAAAGGAUUAAUGUAAGUAGUUCGUAUAGUGAAGUGCCCCACACACCGUUUAUCCCCAGAGUAGACAGAGUAUACAGAAACCUAAAGUUAAUUUUUUUUAACACAGGGGAAUGUGGAGCAGGAAAUAACUGGGCGAAAGGUUUUUACACAAAUGGAUGCAAUCUCUUGGAAGAGGUCUUGGACGCGGUGCGAAAAGAAGCCGAGGGAUGUGACUCGAUCCAGGGCUUCCAAAUUGCCCAUUCCCUGGGCGGCGGCACGGGAUCUGGGCUCGGUACUCUGAUACUUUACCAUCUACAAGAGGAAUAUCCAGAUCGCAUUCUGAGCGCCAUCAGUGUUUUUCCUUCGCCGAAAGUUUCUGAGAUUGUUAUUGAACCUUAUAAUGCCACUCUAGCUGUUCACCAGCUGAUUGAGACCACUGAUGAAGUGUUCUCGUUUGAUAAUGAAGCACUGUACGAUAUUUGUUUUAGGACGCUUAAACUUGGCACCACAACGUACUCGGAUCUGAAUCAUAUCAUAUCGACGACCAUGAGUGGGGUUACCACCUGUCUUCGUUUUCCUGGACAGGUGAGUUCAAGGUGUAAAGAGGUCUUCAAAUAGAGAAAGUUAGGUUCCCUUAAGCGUCAAAAGUAAUCCGGGAUUGAAUUGCUAGUUUUUUUUUUCUACUACGUUCUGUGAUUGGUAAAGAAUACUGGCGCCACUUUCUCAGCCAGUCAGUCACACCAUAUUAAAAUAAUGGCUACCCAUUACUGGAUUGUUACCUUGCUCGUUCACAUAUAUUUGCUUUGGAUUCUCACCAGCUUCACCAUGUGAAGUUCACCCUAGUUCUGAUCGAUCUUUGUAAUUACUUUGAUCAAGGAGUGCCUUGCGGUAGAGUGAAGUAAAACCAAACCAAAUUAUCGUACUGUGUAAAUCACGCGGAACCAAUGAGAACUUACAUAAACCUCCUACCGCCCCUAGAGCGUGAGUUGUCUGGUCACAGAUGGUUUUAAUUUCGUUCUGAUUGAUUGAGAAAGUGACUUGAAUGUUAUUGAUCAAUUAAUUGGUAGAGUGGAGCAAAACUGACGCAAUGACGUAAUACAAAAGAAAUUUUAAUCCUCACAGUGCGUCUCCCUUUGAAUUCAGGUUGUAGAAUAAGCCUAACUCGACUUGUUUUUCCAGUUGAACGCGGACAUGCGCAAAUUGGCCGUGAACAUGAUUCCUUAUCCACGCCUUCAUUUCUUUAUGCCUGGCUUCGCACCGCUGACCAGCAGGCAGUCACAGAUUUUCCGCAAUCUGACAGUUAGUGAACUGACACAGCAAAUUUUUGACGCUAAGAACAUCAUGAUUGCAUGUGAUCCUAGAAAUGGUAGAUACCUUACCUAUGCCGCUAUGUUUCGCGGCAAAAAGUUAUCAAUGAAGGAAGUUGAAGACCAAAUGAAAAGCGUUCAGGACAAGAACUGCGGACAUUUUGUGGAGUGGAUUCCGCAUAAUGCUAAAGUUGCGGUUUGCAAUGUUCCUCCACACGGAAUGAAAAUGUCGGCCACAUUCAUCGCGAAUAACACAGCUAUACAAGAACUUUUUAAACGACUCAAUCUGCAGUUUAAGGUUAUGUAUCGCAGGAGAGCAUUUUUGCAUUGGUUCACUGAGGAGGGAAUGGACGAGAUGCAAUUUAAACAGGUGAGAAAUUUUUUCUUGAUUAAAUUGCUAUCGCUGAUGUGUUGGGAAUAUUUUUGAGUUACCGUUCCGAGGGGGAAAAAUAUUGCACGGACACUCUCUGUGGUCGGAACAUCUCUAUUUAGGGACACAUUUCUUCUGGCUUUGGGUGUGUCACGAAUGAAGGUUCCAUUUUACUAUCACCGUCAUCGAAGGGACAUUCUAUAAAGAGGGAACUUUUUCUAAUCCUGAGUGUGUCCUGAUUGGAGUUUUCGUUUCAUCUGUUACCUAAUUAAGGAGAUACUCCACGUUUAGGGAACACUUUUAUGAGUCCCGAAGAGACGCUCUACUGUAAUUUAGAGGUCUGGAUAAAUUUUGCACUUUAAACAAAGCGCAACUUUUGUCCCCUCAAGGACGGUCACAUGGACUUUUCCCUUUCCCUAGGAAGAGCUUAACCAGUGGAAGGUGUGGUGACAUAUUGAUUAUUGCGUUCAGCUGAUUUGUAUGAGCAAGAGAUACUCGAAACUGCUUCAUGUUUUUGAUGCAUGAUUAAGAUUUUGAAGAAUGGACGGACUUAAUUUUCAAUUUCUUCAAUGUCGCUUUUUCUCUUUGCAGGCGGAGUCUUGUAUGUUGGACGUAAUUUCUACGUAUCAACAAUGUCAGGAUCUUAAAGUCGAUACAAGUCUUGAUAACUUAGAAAUUACGGACUUAGAAGAGUUUGAGGAUUCUCUCGAAUCAUGGGACUGUUUAGAUGGUCACGUGAACGGUCGCGCGAACAAUUUGCCUCUCGUGACAGCCGGUCAGUGACUGUUUAACUAAUAAAGAUUGCUUUGGUUUGCCUUAUUUUUGCAUUUAAGGCAUGAGGCGCCAUAUUUGGCGUUCAUGACAACUGUAGUAUUUGGCGUUUAUGAGUAACGUAAUAUUUCCUUUUCGAUCACAC